UUGCGUACUGAUGAAUGAAGUAUUCAAUACUAAGACAGAAAUGGCGUUUUUGUGUUGUUAUUGGUUGUCUGAUUUGUUUUCAUGAAAUGUUUGUAUCAUUUUCCUCAAAUUCUAUCACAGUUUUAAUAGAAUAUGGUAAAUUUGUGAGAUGUAACAAUCGUAAUCAUAAAUGGCUAGCAGAGGACUUUUUGAAGGAGCCCCGCUUUACGUCGAAGAAAUUGACGUCAAUGAAAUUGAAGAAUAUAAUUUUAAUGGACGGAAGGACAGUGUUAUUGGAAGAGGGUCGUUUGGGGAGGUAAGGCGAUGCAUGUGGAGGGGGAAGAUAGUCGCCGUCAAGUACAUCGACUCAGAGGUGGAGAAGCUGACGCCUGUCGCGGCAGAAGUGCGUCAGCUGUCUCGCGUCAGGCAUUCCAACAUAGUCACACUGUACGGUGCCUGCAGCGAUGGUCAGCGAAUAUGCCUGGUCAUGGAGUAUGCCGAAUGUGGAUCCUUAUAUGAUUUAUUGCAUGGCAAACCUCUGAGGAAAUACACAGCUGGACAUGCAAUGAGCUGGGCUCUGCAGUGCGCCAAAGGGGUUGCCUAUCUGCAUAGUAUGAAGCCAAAGCCUGUCAUUCACAGAGAUUUGAAGCCACCAAAUCUUUUGCUGGUGUCUGGCGGAACAGUUCUGAAAAUCUGCGACUUUGGUACAGCCUGUGAUAAAACAACGUGCAUGACAAAUAACAAAGGAAGUGCAGCUUGGAUGGCACCUGAAGUUUUCGAAACGACGAAAUACACGGAGAAGUGUGAUGUGUUCAGUUGGGGCAUCAUACUGUGGGAAGUGCUGAGCCGCAGGAAGCCAUUCGAUGACCUUCACGCGACCUUUUCCAUCUUGUGGGCGAAGCAUACCGGCAAACGACCGCCUCUCAUCGAAGGAUGCCCCAAGCCUAUCGAAAAACUAUACACCAGCUGUUGGGAUGGCACAGCGGCCAACAGACCUUCCAUGGAAACAGUAGUUCGAAUAAUGACUCAGCUUUUCAGUUUCUUCAGCGGGCAUGACCAAAUUAUAGACGAAUUUGAGGAUGAUGAUCAAGUGUCAGAUCAAGAAGUGCAUUCUUCGGCCGACGACACUGAUGCAACGAGUAAAGAACUGGAUGCUUACUACGAUUCCGUCAGAAAUAGUGAUUCGUCAUGCAACAAUCAUACCUUCACGAACAAUGAUACCUUGGAAAAAUACAGCAAACCACUACAGAUUCACGUCGAUCCUCCAAUUAACAAUGGAAAAGGAGAGGACACUAACAAUAACUCAGAAGAAGUGUUAGUACAGGCUGGAACAGGUCUCGAUAUUCCAGUUAUCAAACCACCAGUGAUAAACUCUCUUCCAGAAAAUGAAAAUUUUACAAAAGGUGGUAGCAGUGUUGAUGACAAUAAGUGGUACUUGAUGUUGGAUCCGCAGUUGCAGCCUGUUCCUCCCGACGAGUCCUGUCACCAAUCCAUGCAGAUUUUCCAAGAGCACAAGAAUCUGGCUCAAGAGUAUUUCAGAGUGACAACGCAAAUAGCGUAUCUAUCGAAUCAGAUGAGAGACUUAGCCGAAAGACUGUCAGUUACCGCUGAGGACCAGCAAGAGGAUGAGGAAGUGCGCAAGCUUGAAUCAGAAAAAGAGAGCUUAGUGCAACUGCACCGCAACCUCACCCGACAACUGCAGCUGUUGAAGGGCCGAAGAGGCGAGCAGCGACCCGACGACAGCCAGAGAACGAACGCCCCAACGGAGGAUGGCGGAGGGGGGGCCGGUGGCGGCUGGGUCUAUGUGCCCAACAUACCCCCCACCCACACACCCAACCCAACCCAUCCAACGUGAUCAUCACUAUUAACAAACCUACUUCCCGCAUUGCUUCAUUCUACUUUCCAUCUCAAUAUUGGCCCUAGGCUGGACACAGGUAUUUAGUCUUACCUCAUACCGUAUUGUAUCCGUACACUCUUCGAGGAAAGGAGAGACUGAAAUGAGACAAAGAUAAAUUCAAAUCAGACAAAUAAGGAAAUGAGACAGAGAUAGUGGUUGGAUUAUCCGCAACGAAGACUCUGAUUUGAUAAAUUAUAGUUCAUCUAAAAUUGAUCAUAAUUCAUAAUGUUUAAUAUUUCAUUAUAACAUCAUAAUAUUCCAUCAUAUUUAGAUCACUAUAAUUGAAAGAAUAAUACGUUGACUAUAUAUUUUAGUAUGGAGUAAUACUAAAACAUGUGGAAGCAAAUCUCCUCCUAUACAAUCAAAUUAUUAGAUCACUGUAAUUUAAUAGUAGUAACUUCGUCUAAAAAGUAGUGAUUGUAUAACCUAAUCUAAUAUUAAGACUCAGAUUUGUGGUUUGCUUAGUCCAAAUUUAAUCUAAUAUGAGUUGACAACAAUAUAGAGUGCUUCUUCCAGUUGAAUUUGGGUUGAGGUUGACUCAAGGAUUGCUUGUUGUGUCUUUUUGCUAGUUUUUGCUCGAAGACAGACUCUCGAUCUGACAUUGUCGUUCAUACCAAUCUCUCCUUUUCUAAAUAGAGUGUAUGCUUUUGUUGUUUCUAUUAUCACAUAUUUGCAUUCAUUUUGGUCGUUAAUAAAUUUUAUUGAAUGAUGGUGACCAUUGUUGUUGCUAAGUAGUAGCCUUUUUGAGAGCUUUCUCAUGCACUUGUUUGUUGUUUGACAAGUUAUUUACGUACUACAUUCUAUACAAAAGUUACUAUUAUCAUGAAAAGUUACCAACUGGUAUUGUGAGCUAGUUCUAUUGAACUUUAUGAACAUUAAUUCCUGUGAAGAUUCAAUCGUAUAUAAUAAUUAACCCCACUCCGGUAUUACUGGCAAUAAGAAUCAGUGUUUUGUUGAAUUCAUUCUAAAUGCAAUGAACACUGCAUUUCGAAAUUUCUAUGUCGUUGAUAGAAUGACUAAAAUGGAAAAAUAUUUCCAUAAGUACUGGUCUAGUACUAAUAACUUGGUCUAGCAAAAAUCUUGUUCAUGAACAAAUCCACAGUCAAUAUUACAAGCUCUCAAUACUAUUCCUGUACCUUCAAAAGUAUACAAAGAAAUCCUAGUAUUUACAAUAAUUUUUUACGUAUUGUGAAUUGAAAUUUAUUCGUUGUAAUGUGUCAAUUUCCUAGGGCCUAAAAGACAUACUUCUAUUUUCCAGUUUAUUUCACUUCAUCAAUUCUUAGUCGUCUUAGAAAGUUAUCUUUUGUAAUUUUGUAAGCACGAAUUUUGAUUUAUGAGUGUAGCUUAUAGGAUAGAGAAACAUUAUUUUGUGUCAAUAGUGUUUAGAAUAAUAUUACAAUGUGAACUAUACAUUAAAUUAUAAAAGUUGAAAAUGAAACUUCGAAUUAGCUUUAUAUUUUCUCCUAGUUGGGAUUUGGAUGUGUAAAACAGUUUGAUAGGCACUUGACUUUGGAAUAAUUAAUUCUCAGGAAGAAUGAUUUUUAUGACACGAAACUGGUAACAAUUGGAAAAUGUUUAAGAAUUUGCUUUCUUAUCAAAGCGUUUUUGUUAAUAGAUAUUUCUUUGUUGAUGGUACUGCAUUACAAACAGUAAUUGCACUUAUCCAUUAAAAUUAAUGAUUUAAUCCACUUUUUAACUCUAUUAUUUGACAUUUUAUGGAAGUUAAUUAUAUUAUAUAAUAUUUAUGCAAUAUGUGAUCUGAUACUUUGCUACAAGAUACGAUAAAUUAUAAUACUGCUGGAAGUAUUGUCAGAUAAACAAAUGCUUUCUGGAAAACUAAUUAAUCUGAGGAUUCAUUUUCUUCCAGUUUCAUUUGACAUUUUCUCCUAGUUUUAGUCAAUUGAUUUUUAUUUCCUGUUAUGUUACAAAAUAGCUCUAAUAUUCAGAUAAAUCAGAAUCUGUUUUUGUUAAAAUUUAAAAUCUUAAUUUAUGAAUUCAUGACUUUGGAAACGAAAUUUUAAAUCUGAAUUGCUGAAUUCAAGAUUAUUGUGAUCAAACAUCUUAUUUUCCUUAUACGUUAUGUUUUAUUCAUCGCUAUCAAUGUAUGUAUUUAAGCAUAAUCAAUAUUUUCAGCUAUAUUAUAUUUUUAUUCUCCAUCCGCUUUUUUCUUGUUUCCAAAUCAACUGUGUCAAAAGUUGAAAAAUUGUAAUCUUUGUAAAUAAUGUAUUUUCAUCGAAUGUACAAUUUGUGAAAUUUACUGUAUUAAUGUAAAUUCUUUUAGUCAAUUUGUAUUAUUUGUAAUUAAUUGUUGUUAUCUGUAAGACGUUUUAAACACAUAUGACAUUUGAACUUCAUUUUGAAACUUUAAUGAAUACUUUGCUCUUAUCUUGAUAUUGCCGUGUAGUGUAGUAUCCAUUUCAAGCUUCACGAUUUAGUGAUAUUUUUAGAUAUAUCUAGUAUUUACUUGCACGUUGCCCAAAUGUGCAUUAUUGGAGCUAGUAUAGUUCCUUUCUUCAGCUUUAAUACUUAUACAUCACUGUCUCUAAUGUCAAUACUGAAUGAGAUUCAUAUUAUAUAAUAAUCACAAUGGUCUGUUUCUCCUUAAGUUGGUUUCCAAUUUCUCUCAUCUCACAAAACAUUGCUCUGCUCCUAUAAGAAACUACAUCACGCUUUACCAUCAGUGUAACGAUUUACUUUUGACUUGGCAAAAUAUCUAGCCUAUUUAUCUGUGUGAAGGAGACAAAAUCCUUUUGAAAAUCGUCUUGAAAUCUAUCACUUAAUAUUUUCACCAAAAUGAGUUAGCUUUAAUCAAGUUAGGUUUCUAUGAAAUUAAAAUUUCAAUGAGUAAAUACAGGUGUCCUUUGUAAGUUGUACUAAUUUUGAUCGAACACUAGUAUAAAAGAGUAUUGUCUCAAAGGUUUCAAUUCCCAUUAUCCUAAACACGUUGUGCGUUAUUUAGCUGUUAGUAUUGGUCAAUUCUUUUCUUAUGAAAACUUAUUGAUCGCUUGUAUCAAGCAAUGAAUAGGCCUAAUUAGUAUCAUGUUUAUGUUUGAAAUGAAAAUAGGAAUAUUCAUUCAAUACUCAUAUUCGCUCCUUAAGGCAAUAACAUUAUCAACUACCUUUUGGUCUAUCUAUUUUAUUGAAUAAUCAUUUUUAAAUAUAAAUUACUUGUUGAAUGUCAAUUUCAUAUGUAUAAAAUCUGUUGAAACAAUAAAAAC